CCUGUGCUGGGGGAAGCGUGUGCCUGAUGCCGUGCCUCUUGGGAUAGCCAGAAGAACUCAGGAUGAGUACAACGAGUAAUUUUGAUGUUCAAAGCACAUUUUGUGUUCUCUGUGGACGGACAGAUGACUGCACUGAAAAGUAUGGAGAAAAAAGGACUUAUGUGGAAUACAAUCUCACUGUUCAUAAUUACUGUUUGUUGAUGUCAAGUGGCAUUUGGCAGAGAGGUGAAGAAGAUGAAGGUGUAGAUGGAUUUUUAAUCACAGAUAUUAGAAAAGAAGUAAAGAGAGCUGCAAAACUGAAAUGUAAUAUCUGUAGGAAAAAGGGAGCUUCAAUUGGAUGCGUGGCUCCUAAAUGCAAACGAAGUUACCAUUUUCCUUGUGGAUUACAAAGGGAAUGCAUUUUCCAGUUUAUGGAAGACUUCAGAUCUUACUGUUGGGAUCAUAGACCAGUCCAAGAGUUUACAGAUCAAGAACCUAGAGGAGCUUCACAGUGCACAAUAUGCCUGGAUUUGGUUGAACAUCUUCCAGUGUACACUGUAUUGAAAAGUCCUUGCUGUAAAAAUGCUUGGUUUCACCGAGAAUGCUUGCAGUAUCAAGCUUUGAGUGCUGGGAUAUUUUUCUUUAGGUGCACAGUAUGUAAUAACAAGGAAAAAUUUCAAAAAGAAAUGUUGAGAAUGGGCAUACACAUUCCAGAAAGGGAUGCAUCUUGGGAACUUGAAGAAAAUGCAUAUCAAGACUUACUGCAUUGUUAUCAACACUGUGAUGUUAAAAGAUGUCUCUGCAAGAAAGGAAGAGAUUAUAAUGAACCUGAUAGUAAAUGGGAAAUAAAACGUUGCCAGUACUGUGGUUCUCGUGGGACUCACUUGGCCUGUUCAUCUAUGCAAUCAUGGGAAGAAAACUGGGAGUGCAUGGAAUGCAGAAGUAUCUUUGCAACAUCAGGGAAGUAUAGCAAACAGAAAAAGCGUUCUUUGGCUACCUCUGAAAAAUCAAAUGGAACAACUUGUUUGCUGGAAGAGCCAUCUCCAAAGUCCCCUCGGCAGUCAUCCGGAUCUCCACGCAAUUUUCUACUCCAAUCACAAAAGAUAAUGUGUCAGAAUUUGUCACCUUGCUCACACCGAGAACUUCCAGCAUCCAACAGAAUGACCAUGUCCUUAUCUCCAGUGAUGUCAAACAGGCAUUUAAAAGAGCGAAGAAGGGAGGUUUGUAAUAUACUGAAGGAGUUAAAGGUACAAGUUAAAACAAAACCAACAAGACUUAACAUCAAUGCAGAAAAUAUUUGGAGUAGUGCUUUAAAAGGAUUUAGACAGCGCAUGUUCAGUCCCACAAACACUAUUGAAGUAAGUUUCUCACACUGCAAAAAUAGAUCGAUGACGGAUGCUUCUGCUGCAUCAAAACACCAUUUCUUCCAGUUGUUAAUGCUUCACCUUCAGAAUUCAUCAUUGUUUGAGGGCUCUUCUGGAAAGACUUUGUCGCUUGAUUUUCAAGCUUUAGAAGAAAAUCUUUAUUUUGAAGCUGGUAAAAUGAUUGCAGUUUCUCUGGUUCAUGGUGGUCCACCUCCUGGUUUCUUUUCCAAAACACUGUACAAUUGUCUUGUCUAUGGUCCAGAGAAUGUGAAGCCAUCUUUGGAAGAUGUUGCUGAUGAUGAUGUAGCACAAACAAUAAAAAAGAUAAAAUAUGCAAAUAGUCUGUCCAGCCUACAGUCUACACUACAGGACUGCUGUGAAUUCCUUGCUGCUGCUGGAUGUUUAAGACCUGUAACAGCUUUGUGUGAUAAGAACAUGCUGGUGAAUGACAUAUUGAUCUAUCAUGUAAUCAAGAGAGUUACUUUACCCUUAGAAAGUUUUAGGCAGGGUUUGAAAACCCUUGGCGUUCUAGAGAAAAUGCAGAUGCGCCCAAAUGUGUUCUCUAGCAUAUUUUGCCACAAAUCCGAAAGACUUUCAGCGAAAACUAUUUGUGAUCUCUUUACAAUCCAUUCCACAUCAGAUGUAAAUAAAGUUGAAGGUGCUGAUUUUUGGAUGGGCUAUUUGCAAGAAGUGGAAAGUGGUGAGUCUGUAGUGACAUUGGAGGAUAUUCUGCUCUUCGUAACAGGCUCCUGUUAUAUACCAUCCAUUGGUUUUGAUCCUGAACCUACUAUUAAAUUUUUGCAUAUAAGGUAUCCAGUUGGAAACAGACUUCUUAAUUGCUUAGAGCUUCCUGUAACAAACACAUAUCAGCAGUUCAAAAAGAAAAUGGAAUUCACCAUCAGAAACACACUAGGAGUUGAAAGGGAAUAAGCAUUUUUGCUGUUAAACUGAGUCUUAAACUUGAGAUUUCUGCAGGAACAUCUCCUUUCAGUUCACCUCUGUAUUUUUGUUCAAAAUGCUUUAAGUAUUUUUCCAACCUUUCCCCCAAAAUUAUGCUAAAACUUGUAAUGUUAUGAGAUGGAAAAUAGUUUUCAAAUUUAAAAAAACUUUAUCUCCUGAAUAAUUUUCCUUUUGAAGUU